AGCCCAAGCUCCUGGUCAGAGAAUGAGAGAACACCCAACAAAAAAUAAUCAGUCAAAUAACUGGACCUGCCGGUCGGAUAUUAUACGUUUUAAUUUCUGUCGGUGGCCUGGUGUUUUAUAGUAAUAAAAAUGGCCACGUCUGCCAGUGCUCAGUUGAGUAAAGUGGUAAAACGGCAGUAUAUGGAACUGCCUCAGGGAGACAACGUACAAGCCAUGUAUAUCUGGAUAGACGGAACCGGAGAAGGACUGCGAUGCAAGACCAGGACACUGGACUCCGAGCCUAAAAGCAUUGAAGAUCUUCCUGAGUGGAACUUUGAUGGUUCCAGCACGUAUCAAUCUGAAGGCUCCAACAGCGACAUGUAUCUCAUCCCCUCCGCCAUGUUCAGGGAUCCUUUCCGCAAAGACCCCAACAAAUUGGUCUUGUGUGAGGUGCUCAAGUACAACCGGAAACCUGCCGAAACCAACCAUCGUCAUACAUGUAAAAAGAUCAUGGAAAUUAUAGAUCAGCAGAUCCCUUGGUUUGGCAUGGAGCAGGAGUAUACCAUCCUGGGUACCGAUGGACAUCCCUUUGGUUGGCCCUCCAAUGGGUUCCCUGGUCCCCAAGGACCUUACUACUGUGGAGUUGGAGCAGAUAAAGCUUAUGGCAGAGACAUUGUGGAGGCGCAUUACAGAGCCUGCCUCUAUGCUGGUGUGAAGAUCUGUGGAACCAAUGCUGAAGUUAUGCCAGCUCAGUGGGAGUUCCAGAUUGGCCCCUGUGAAGGCAUCAGCAUGGGAGAUCACUUGUGGGUAGCUCGUUUCAUCUUGCACAGAGUUUGUGAAGAUUUUGGUGUGGUAGCCUCAUUUGAUCCUAAGCCAAUCCCUGGCAACUGGAAUGGCGCUGGUUGCCACACUAACUUUAGCACCAAGGAAAUGCGGGAAGAUGGUGGGCUUAAAUGCAUUGAGGAGUGCAUUGAUAAGCUUGGAAAGAGGCAUAACUACCACAUCCGUGCCUAUGAUCCAAAGGGAGGCCUGGACAAUGCUCGCAGACUGACUGGCCACCAUGAAACCUCCAACAUCCAUGAGUUCUCUGCAGGCGUGGCGAACCGUGGCGCUAGCAUCCGCAUCCCACGAACUGUGGGACAAGAAAAGAAGGGUUACUUUGAGGAUCGCCGCCCAUCUGCCAACUGUGACCCCUAUGCGGUCACCGAGGCCCUGAUUCGCACAUGUUUGCUAGAUGAAGGGGGUGACGAACCUGUGGACUACUAGAUCUCUCUUCUCCUGGACUGAACUUUCCUCCCCUUCUUGCCAUAA